AUGGAAAAAAUUGAACAUCGCGCCGUAAAAAAGUUCCUUACCAAACAAGGGAAGACACCUCAAACCAUCUUACAAGAGAUGUUAGCUGUUUAUGGGGACUCCGGUCCUGGUAAAAUCAUGAUUUAUAAAUGGCACACCCUUUUCAAACAAGGAAGGGACUCCAUCGAAGAUGACCCCCGACCUGGACAGCCUAUUGAGACCACGCCAGAAAUAGUCGAACAUUUUGACCGCCCCUAG